AUGUGGAUCUCUUCGAGACCUCGAACGGGAAUCAGGGUGAACGGACAACCGAUAGAACUCGUCGAUAAGUUCUGUUACCUGGGCUGUAUGCUGAAGAACAACGGCAGCUACGAGAGAGAUGUUCAGCAAAGAUACGCUAAGGCCACUUCUGUGUUUAACUCCUUAACGAAAUACCUGUGGUCGACCUCCAUCACCAACGAAGUUAAGCUGCGAGUCUACCUAUCCGCAAUUCGCCCCAUCAUGAUGUACGGAUCCGAGAUUUGGACAGCACCAUCAACAGUGAUGGAGAGGCUUGAAUGCACAGAACGAAAGCUGUUCAGACGGCUACUUGGCUACUUUUGGCCUAGGGUAAGCCACAACGAAGAUCUUUACGCAUAA